AUGAUCAUCGUCCCCGAAUUUGACCUCAAAGACCCCGGACAUGCCUCCCUCGAUGCCAAAGCCGUGGAGCCUCAACUGCCUUCAGUUGUCAAUCGCGUCGAAAUACCGUAUGCCGAUGACCCUCCCCCGGCCUAUAACGCUCCUGCCUCUCCACCGCCUCCACUCAGCCCUUCACUAGCUCCUCCUCCCCCGCUAGACGUCCGCCCAACGAACCACUUCUCUUUAUCCAAGCCGGACGGGCGUAUUCGCGGGUCUUAUGUCAUUGACCCUUCGCUGAAGAUCCCAGCGCAGAUGCUUGCCCCACUCGAGAAGGACGAAACUGAGAAAACGAGACGCAAUUUAUCUUUGCACACCCACGACGGCUCCAUUGAUGCCAAUGUGUGGGUUCUCAGCGACGAUGGCGCGGAUUGUAAGUGCCGUGGAAGGGUGCGAGUGAAUGUCAGAACGGAGGACGGGAAUGUCGGAUUGCGCUUGCACUCGACAGCCCCCAAUGCCUACACUCCGCGCACCCCAAUCCAGCUCUCUUUGCGCACUGCUGACGGCCACAUUUCGUUGGCCCUGCCGCGAUCGUUUACUGGCCCGCUCACUAUCCGACUGGCCGAUGGCCGGAAGCGCUUCUCACCAGCAUUCAGCGCAGCAACAACAGUCUUCAGCGAAUCGCACGGUGUUAGCAGAUGUUUCGUCGGUGACUUCGCCAACUCGGGUUGGGCAGAUGCGCCGGGAGACUGGACCGGUGACGAGGCAGAGGUGGUCUCAGACGAUGGAGGGCUGCGUAUCGAGUUUGACGACGAGAAGAGGGAGAAGGAAAUUUGCAGGGAGGAGGAACGGUCAGAAAAUGGCAAAGGGAAAGGGAAGGGAAAGGCCAAGGGCUUGUUUGGAAGGCUGAUGUCGACUUGA